ACAUGUCAGUGCUGGUUCUAUGCCACGGGAAUGACACAUCUCACCGGCCGCUGAACAUCCCAUGGGAUUUCAUUCAUUAUAAAGGUUUGAAGGUUGGCCAAAAGACUCAAAUACGCCGACCCAUUUUUUGACCGUCGGACACGAGCAGACAAAAAGUUUUCGUGGUUUUGCUCGAUAUCUAUCCAAAGUUUCCGAUGUGUUUACUAGAUAACUCGCAGAUUUGACUGCUCUAUUUCGCCUGUUUUUGUCAGGUGUUGGGCUGCGAACGUUUCGAAUUGUUGAGGGGCCUGUCUCAGGUUAAGUCCAGGAGUUGAAAGCAUGAAAAGAAGACUGUCUUCCUUCUUUCAAGGUCUGCCUCGGGACAUUAACAUGCAGUCCACGGGAGCAUACCUCGGAGCCGCUUGCAGGUUCAAUUAGACGGACAGUGACUCACCGCUUGUUUCCCACUUGUGGACUGUUGCAGUCUUGCGCUAUCAUUCGUUUGAGUCAAUGCAGUUGACCUCAUCGAGAACGCCCAUUAGUACUAGUAAUGCCGACGGCGAAGUGCGGACCGAGUUGGGACCGAGGACAGUAUUAAUUCGGGCGAGUUUCGUGGUCCACAACCUGCUCCCCGCUCAAAAAAUGCACCCAAGUGAUGUCCCCAUGAAUAUCGACGGUAAUCAAACGGGUGUCUGUGCCCAACCUUCAGGUUCCGAAGGCCUUAUGCAAGCCCAGCCGGCUGGUCCAGACUGUGAUGGAGGGGAGCAGCCCACCGACUCACGUCCUCCUCGAAAGAGGAAGACCAGACGGUCACCCGAGGCCAUCGCCGCACAGUUCGGCAGAAGACUCGCAAAACAGAUCGAGAAAGCCGUUGCCGAGGCAAAGAAGAAUACAGAGGUGUUUGAUACGUUUCACUUUGAGAAGGCCGUGCUGGAACGUGCGCGUUCGAGGCAUCAAGUCCCUGCGCAUUGGAACGAAUUGACAGAACGCAAACGUGAAUGGCAUGAUAUACCUCGGUUGGCUACCAGCGCCGAAGGCAUUCCUAUUGUUCUGCACCUUCCUUCCAUCAUACGCGAUAGAGGACAUGCUGAGCUGUACAGCGCCGUGAUGACAUUCGGAAGUUUAGUCCCCUUAGCUAUGGGAGCAGGAGCCGACCAAAAGACGAGAAAUACGAAGGAGUCCUAUAAAGUCGUCGAAGGACAGCUAGCUGGCAACAUACAACUCGUGACUGCGUGGCAUGCUGUAGGUCAUUCAAGAGCGCUGUAAUCUCUCGAGACGUGAUUCGAAACUUCUCUUUGGCGUCUACAUUAAUAAACGACCUCAAGCUCCUUAACGUAAGGCUCAACUCGGCCUUACAGGCCCUGGAUCCCCCGCAGUAUCACGCCAUACAGGAGCUCCGACAUGCUCUCCGUGUCCGCUACCCUCAUGUACGGGCAA